AUGAUUGUGAUAUUUGGGCUACUUUUUUGCCUGACAUUGGGCGGAGGGCCUUUUGACAACCCAAUCAUCAAGAUGGGUCUUGGAGCCGUCGGCGUGAAAAUCAUCUCUCCUGGUGAUUUAAAAGGAGCCGCCUCUGCUGUUCCCGACAAGGGUGGCAUUGCCAAUUUUGCUAUGCAAGAACCGAUGGCACGGAAAGGUUCCGAAUCAUCAGUCCUACCCAGUGAACUCAAGUUAAAAGUUGUUGACGAGGUUCAACGACAAUUUGCUUUAAUUCUUGAUUUGUGUUUCUAUGGCCCUUACGGAAUACCCGUUUACACGCCAAUCAUCUCGCCAUGUGUCACGAUGAUGACGAUGUUACAGGUCAUGACUGCUUGGCAACAGGUAGAGGUGUUUAGAAAGCAAUUUGAAAUGGAGGAAUAUGCUCAAAUAGCUGGUAUGGCGAUGAAUGGGUAUGUUGUAGCGCGAAAUUUGAAUCUGAGGCAUAGGGUCGACUUAGGGAAGUGGCAAGACACCAACCCAUAG